GGGCAUGGCGGCGACCGCCAGGAGCAGCGUGGGGGAGAUCCAGGCGGCCGACGUGGAGGCGGCCGGGCUCGCCGCGGCCGACGCGGGGCCCUUCCUCGCCGCGCUCCGCUCGGCGGCCGGCAAAGACGCGGCCGCCGCGUGGAAGGCGGUCGUGGCGGCGGGGGUGCUGCGGCCGGACCACCCGCACGCGCUCCACCAGCUGGUCUACUACUCCGUCUACGCCGGCUGGGACCGCGCCCAGCGCGGCCCGCCGUCCUACUGGUUCCCCUCCCCGACUGACUGCAAGGAAACGAAUCUUGGGAGAGUGAUGGAACAGAAUGGACCCAAGCUGUUAGGAGCAUCAUAUAAGGAUCCAAUUUCAAGCUUUGGCCUCUUCCACAAGUUCUCUGUUCAUAAUCAGGAGGUCUACUGGAAAAUAGUGCUCAAGGAGCUCUCCAUCAAGUUUGUACGACAACCAAAGACGAUUCUGGACGCAUCAGAUAAAUCAAACAAGGGAGGGGCGUGGUUCCCAGGUGCAGUGCUCAACAUUGCUGAAUGUUGUCUGCUACCUUGGCCUUCCCAGAACAAGACAGAUGAUAGCACAGCUAUUGUCUGGAGGGAUGAGGGCUUUGAUGACUGCCCAGUGAACCGCAUGUCCUUGAAGGAGCUUCGCACCCAAGUGAUGACUGUUGCAAAUGCCCUUGAUACCAUGUUCCAAAAGGGCGACCGGAUUGCAAUAGACAUGCCAAUGACGUGCAAUGCGGUCAUUGUUUAUUUGGCAAUCAUCCUUGGAGGUUUUGUUGUUGUGGGAAUAGCAGACAGUUUCGCACCUCAGGAGAUUGCAACUCGCAUGAGGGUCGCAAAAGCAAAGGCAAUUUUUACUCAGGAUUUCAUAAUUAGGGGAUGGAAGAAAUUUCCACUUUACAGCCGUGUCAUGGAGGGGACUUCAUCUAAAGCUAUUGUAAUUCCUGCAACUGGAGACCGUCUGGGAGUUACACUAAGAAAUGGUGAUAUGUCCUGGAAGGAUUUUCUUUCUCGUGCUGCCGGAAGGUCAUCCAUGUACUCUCCAGUUUAUCAAUCUGCAGACGCCCUAAUUAAUAUACUGUUUUCAUCAGGAACAACAGGAGAGCCAAAAGCUAUACCGUGGACACAGCUUUGUCCCAUAAGAUGUGGGGCUGAUACCUGGGCACAUUUGGAUGUUCGCCCAAAGGACAUUGGCCUGUGGCCUACAAAUCUGGGUUGGGUUAUGGGACCCAUACAAUUAUUCUCAUGCUUCCUAAAUGGUGCGACAUUGGCUUUAUAUCAUGGUUCUCCACUUGGACGUGGCUUCUGCAAAUUUGUGCAGGAUGCCCGUGUGAGUGUAUUAGGAUCUGUGCCUAGCUUGGUGAAAUCAUGGAAGGCUGGUAAUCUUACUGAAGGGCUAGACUGGACUAAAAUCAGGGUACUUGCCACAACAGGGGAGGCUUCUGAUAUUGAUGAUAAUCUGUGGCUAUCUUCACGUACCUGUUACAAACCCAUUGUUGAGUGCUGUGGGGGCACAGAGCUGGCAUCCUCAUACAUUCAAGGGAGUCUUCUGCAGCCACAAGCUUUUGGAGCUUUCAGUGGUGCAUCAAUGUCCACUGGGUUUGUCAUACUCGAUGAACAGGGAAAUGCAUAUCCUGAUGAUCUACCUUGCUCUGGAGAAGUGGGUCUCUUCCCUUUAUAUUUUGGUGCUACCAAUCGGCUUCUCAAUGCUGACCACGAUAAGGUUUACUUUGAUGGAAUGCCCAUUUACAGAGGACGGCAACUCCGACGACAUGGAGAUAUAAUCCAGAGGACAGUAGGUGGUUACUAUAUUGUACAGGGCAGAGCAGAUGACACUAUGAAUCUUGGAGGGAUUAAGACAAGCUCAGUGGAGAUUGAACGGGUUUGUAAUGGAGCCGAUGAGGGUCUGCUAGAAACAGCAGCUGUUAGCAUCAAACCUUCCGGCGGGGGACCAGAGCAACUGGCUAUCUUGGCAGUGCUAAAAGAUAGAUCCGCAACAUGCGAUACAAAUCUUCUGAAGAGCAAGUUCCAGAGAGCCAUCCAGAGGAACCUCAACCCCCUUUUCAGGGUGAGCUAUGUCAAAGUCGUCCCCGAAUUCCCGAGAACUGCUUCAAACAAGCUGCUGAGAAGGGUCCUGAGGGAUCAGCUGAAGCAAGAGCUCGCGAAUCACAGCAAGCUAUAAGGGGCCUAAGGGAUAUCUAUCGCUUUUCAACAGGAAAAUGGAUCUUCAUAAUCCAAGUUUAUUGAACUCACGGCGUGUUACAUAAGGAACGGUUCGAUUCCCUUUCAUUCACUUCAUUGGGGGUGUGUAGUUAUUUAUUGUGUGUGUUGAGCUCAUUGGAAGUAAUAAGGCGAUGGCUUGCUAAAAUUAGAUCACUCUGUAUGUUUGAAGGUUUAUAAGCCAUCAUAUUUUCUUA